AUGGACGUGGAUUCAGCCAUGGCCACAGAGGCCGAUCACGAUCCGUUGGAGGAGUCCGCCGCUGCUAAUGGUGCUCCCCGGCCCAUCGAAUCCCAAUCCUCAUCGCAUCAGCAGGAGCAGAGUAAUAACAACACCAACGCUAACAGCAGCUGUAGCAGUGGAGGUGGCGCGGUGGUGGUCGGGCCACGGUGUGCGCCGAGUUACAGUGUGGUGAACGCCGUUAUGGAGAAGAAGGAGGAUGGCCCGGGACCGAGGUGCGGCCACACGCUGACGGCUGUGCCAGCGGUUGGGGAAGAAGGGACUCCCGAGUAUAUAGGCCCAAGAUUGAUUCUGUUUGGAGGGGCAACGGCUCUUGAAGGGAAUUCUGCCGCAUCGGGAACUCCAUCUUCUGCUGGAAGUGCAGGAAUCCGCCUAGCCGGGGCAACUGCAGAUGUGCAUUGUUAUGAUGUGUUGACAAAUAAAUGGUCUCGAGUUACACCUAUUGGAGAACCGCCCACGCCUAGAGCAGCCCACGUGGCUACUGCUGUAGGUACCAUGGUUGUCAUUCAGGGUGGGAUUGGUCCAGCUGGUCUGUCGGCUGAAGAUCUUCAUGUUCUAGACCUUACACAACAACGACCGAGAUGGCAUAGGGUUGUGGUCCAUGGUCCUGGGCCAGGGCCACGCUAUGGGCAUGUCAUGGCUUUGGUGGGACAACGUUAUCUCAUGGCAAUUGGUGGAAAUGAUGGAAAACGGCCUUUAGCUGAUGUAUGGGCGCUGGAUACUGCUGCAAAGCCAUAUGAAUGGCGGAAACUGGAACCCGAGGGUGAAGGUCCACCUCCAUGCAUGUAUGCCACUGCAAGUGCUCGUUCUGAUGGUCUUCUUCUGCUCUGUGGUGGGAGAGAUGCAAAUAGUGUGCCACUGGCCAGUGCGUAUGGACUUGCCAAACAUAGAGACGGUCGGUGGGAGUGGGCUAUUGCCCCUGGUGUCUCACCGUCUUCGAGAUAUCAGCAUGCAGCAGUGAGUUUUUUUUUUUGUUUUUUUGUUUUUUUUGAUGUAAUUUCUUACCAAUGUUUAAUGGGCAAUUGGAACCAAAAAAAAGUAGAAAGUCAUAUUUUACCUUGUAUUUCUAGGACUAAGUAUUGUAUACUGUGUAGAUCACUGAGCAAAGGUGUUGAGUACUUGGUUGAGGCUGCUGCAGCCGAAGCUGAGGCUAUUAGUGCUACACUGGCGGCUGCCAAAGCCCGACAGGUUAAUGGAGAUGUUGUUGAGACUCCGGAUAGAGACCGUGGGGCUGAGGCGACCCCGAGCGGGAAACAAAUAACAACAUUGAUCAAACCCGAGCCUGUGACUUCAAACAACUCCACGCCAGCUGGAGUUCGGCUUCAUCACCGUGCCGUGGUUGUGGCUGCAGAGACUGGUGGUGCUUUAGGCGGUAUGGUCAGACAGCUUUCAAUUGAUCAGUUUGAAAAUGAAGGCAGGCGGGUUAGUUAUGGAACUCCAGAAAGCGCUACAGCAGCUAGGAAACUUCUAGAUAGGCAAAUGUCAGUUAAUAGUGUACCUAAGAAGGUUAUUGCUCAUCUUCUGAAGCCUCGUGGUUGGAAGCCUCCGGUACGGAGACAGUUUUUCUUGGACUGCAAUGAGAUUGCUGAUCUUUGUGAUAGUUCUGAGAGAAUAUUUGCUAGUGAACCUAGCGUGCUACAGCUUAGGGCCCCUAUCAAGAUAUUUGGAGAUUUGCACGGGCAAUUUGGAGAUCUCAUGCGGCUUUUUGAUGAGUACGGAUCACCGUCGACUGCGGGAGAUAUAGCUUAUAUAGAUUAUCUCUUCCUAGGAGACUAUGUCGAUCGUGGCCAGCACAGCUUGGAAACCAUUACUCUUCUCCUUGCUUUGAAGGUGGAGUAUCCUCAUCAAGUUCAUUUAAUCCGUGGUAAUCAUGAAGCUGCAGAUAUCAAUGCUCUUUUCGGCUUUCGAAUUGAGUGUAUUGAGCGUAUGGGAGAGAGAGAUGGGAUAUGGGCCUGGCAUAGGAUAAACAGAUUGUUCAACUGGCUUCCUCUGGCUGCAUUAAUCGAGAAAAAGAUUAUUUGUAUGCAUGGCGGAAUUGGGAGAUCCAUAAACCAUGUCGAGCAGAUUGAGAACAUCCAGCGUCCAAUUCCAAUGGAGGCAGGAUCGAUUGUUCUUAUGGACUUAUUAUGGUCUGAUCCCACUGAAAACGACAGUGUAGAAGGAUUGCGGCCAAAUGCAAGAGGUCCUGGUUUAGUAACCUUUGGGCCUGAUCGUGUCAUGGAAUUCUGUAACAACAACGAUCUUCAAUUGAUUGUUCGAGCACACGAAUGUGUGAUGGAUGGAUUUGAAAGAUUUGCUCAGGGACAUUUAAUUACUCUUUUUUCAGCCACAAACUACUGUGGUACUGCAAAUAAUGCUGGUGCUAUUUUGGUAUUGGGUAGGGAUUUAGUAGUAGUGCCAAAGCUUAUUCAUCCUCUUCCGCCUGCAAUUUCGUCCCCAGAAACAUCACCUGAACGCCAUAUGGAAGACACGUGGAUGCAGAACCUCUAA